AUGCCUACAAAUCUUCAAAUCCUUCUACUGUUCAUUCGGCUUUAUUUGCUCGUAAUCCCUUCAAAGGCCUGUUUCGGCGGUGGCGGCGCUCCAACAGUGGUUUGCUGUGGAGCAGCCGGUGGUGGUGGCUGUGGUGGAGGCGGUGUUGGCGGUUGCGGCGGAGGUGGUUAUCCUGUGGCUCCUGGUGGAUAUGCUGUAGCUGGAAGGAAAUAG